AAACUACGAAAUUCCAACAAAAACACACAAAGCAGUAAAAAGGCCAAAGGAAAAAAAGAAAAAGAAAGAGAACAAGCAAAAGCCAUUGCCAAAAUCCACACCAGAACAAAUCCACGGCACCUUCUUCACUCUCUCUCUCUGUCCCAUCGAAUCAGCCAAAAGAAAAAGCAAGGCAAAUCAGAAAAUAAGGAAGACCCCCGUUUUCUUAUACAAUUAUAUACAAAUCUUCGGCAGUUUCUUUCUUCUCCUAUCACUAUCACUUCAAACUCAGCCAUCUCCUUCAUCUUUUUCAAGCUAUUAGCUUAAGGUUCCCGUGAGAGUGAGAUAGGCUUGAAGGUAGUAAAAGGGUGCCAUAGUUAGGGUUUUUGAUGUGAGAAUGGAAGCGAGAAUGAAAAAGUACAGGCAACAAGUGAGUCCAGAGAGAGCGAAAGUAUGGACCGAAAGAUCGCCGAAAUAUCAACAGAAAAAUCGGAAAGUGGCAGUUGUUUAUUAUCUCUGUAGAAAUCGUCAGCUUGAACAUCCUCAUUUCAUUGAAGUCCCUCUCUCUUCUCAACAAGACGGCCUUUACUUAAAAGAUGUUAUCGAGAGGCUUAAUGUGCUGAGAGGCAGAGGAAUGGCUUCUAUGUACUCCUGGUCUUGCAAAAGAAGCUACAAGAAUGGAUUUGUUUGGCAUGAUCUUAGCGAGGAUGAUUUAAUCCUUCCAGCUCAUGGAAAUGAAUAUGUUCUUAAAGGUUCUGAACUUUUUGACGAAUCAAAUUCAGAUCGUUUUGGUCCUGUCGGAACCAUUAAAAUGCAGAAUCUGAAACAAUUGCCAGAACCGGCAUCUUCUAGAUGUCGAGAUGAUUCCUCGUCAUCUUCAAGUAUGAAUGGGAAAGAAACAAAGCAUUCUCAGGAAGAUGAGCUCUCCCCUCCGCUUCAACGUCCUGGAUCAUCUGGUGUUUCACCAGAGUCCAGAGAUGGCAAAAAUUCAUCUUGGAAUGGUUCUUUGAGCUUGACAGAGUACAAGGUUUAUAAGAGUGAUGGAUUAGCUGAUGCUUCGACUCAGACUGAGGAAAAUGUUAGAAGACCUAAAUCUCGAGAAACUUGUACAAGGGGUGUUUCAACUGAUGAUGGUUCACUAGACCAUGAAUGCAAUAAUAAUUAUCAAAACCGUGUUCCACGUGUUAAGGAGAGUUCUGAGAUAAGUGAGAAUUCUGUUUCCCCUCCUCCAUCAUCUUCGAGUGCUUCUUCAUCAGGUGGAAAGACUGAAACUUUGGAGUCCCUGAUUAGAGCUGAUGUUAAUAAAAUCAACAGUUUUAGGAUCCUUGAGGAGGAGGAAAUUCGAAUGCCAGGCAAUGCAAGACUCAAAGCAAGCAAUAUGUUGAUGCAAUUGAUCUCCUGUGGGUCAAUUUCGGUGAAAGAUCACAGUUUUGGACUCAUUCCAACCUACAGGCCCAGAUUUUCCCAUUCAAAAUUUGCUUCUCCAUUGUUUUCUACUUCAUUAAUGUUAGGGGAGCUUGAUUGCCUAUCAGAGAAUCCGAGGUUGAUGGGUCUGAGAUUGGAAGACAAGGAAUAUUUCAGUGGGAGCUUGGUCGAGACAAAAAUGCUCAAGCAAGAAGGAGGUGGACAUAAUACUCUUAAACGUUCUUCUUCCUACAAUGCAGACAGGAGCUGUAAGCAACUGGAUUCAGCGGAGAACAAUGAUGAGUCAGCCUCAGGACAUUCAAAAUGCAUUCCCCUAGCAAUAAAAGCUUCAAUAAGCAAGCAACCAAGAAGUGAGUCUAUGAGAUCGCCUGUUUCAGAUAGACCAAGAAACUCUUCAGAUGGGGUUGAUGGCUCAGAAACCAUACACAGUAGCACAUCCAAUGGCAGCAGUAGACGGAUCACGGACCCUCUCUCAGGUAAAAAGCAAUCAAAGAAGCUUGAUUCCUUCAGAGAAGAGAAAGAGAAGGUGAUAAAAAUUGAAGAAAGGCUUGCUUCAGGAGCUCGGGUUAUAAUUCAAUCCAAAGCGCCUUGUGAGGCAGCUGUUUGCAGCUCAUAGAGCACAUUUUGUCUGGCAAUGCGUUUUGUUUCUUGGAUGUCGGACAAGCAUCCUAGGCAAUGCUAUCAUUUUCUGAGACAACAAUGUCGAAGAUUAUUACUACUUUAAGUGGGUCAAUUAAAGCCUCAUUGGUUGACUCGUCAGCGCAAAAAGGGUUUGACUUGUGAGUGUCGUCUAGAAAAUCAAAGCAACAGCUUGAAGGAAGCUCCAAAGUCAAUCUAGAAUCAUUAGAUUAUACAUAAGAGUGGUGCAGUAAGUAAAUUGCUACUUACUUUCAAGUUCUCCACUUUUUCAAAAGAUGCUAUUAUUUUUUACCUGGGCUUCUUUAAGCUGCUAGAAAGUCAAUAGGACAUGGACGGGGCAUUUUCCCUUUUAGUCAUUUUGGGGAGGUGAAGAAGUUGCCAGGUCUUUGGAUAUAUAGUUAAUUUGUCUGAAUCAAUGGAGUCAAAGAUUUUCGGGUUUGGUUUUAGAUUGAUGUUGGCUUGGAAAGAUACUGUAAUAAUGGUUUGGAAAUUAUGUAUAGAUCAGACUGGAAAAUGUGUGAAUCGGAAAGAAAGUGACGGAGAAAAGAUUAUUUUUAUCAAUAUGCGUUGGCCAGUUCUGAAGUACAGGACAAUCUCUGAAUAGCAAACUGCAACCCCAUUGUCAUGUUGUUUUCUGAGACAUUGACCACUAGGGUAAGUUUCAAUGCAAAAGGCA